CCUUCUCUCCCUCAAUAAUGUCCUCAAUUUUUGGGAAAAACAAGCUAUGAAUUUGUCUCUGCUUGAAUAAUCUUCUCCCUCUCCCUCUCUCUCUCUCUCUCUCUGUCUCUCUCUCUCUCUAGUUAAAAACAAGAAGCCAAUAAGGUUGUGUUUGGAGAUAGUGAAAAAGGAUAUGGAAGGAGGUAUACACCCAACAGAUGCAUCAGGUUUCAGGGAUUGCUUGUCCCUGGCUUGGAAAAACCCAUAUGUCCUUCGCCUUGCUUUCUCUGCUGGGAUUGGUGGUUUCCUCUUUGGCUAUGACACUGGAGUUAUAUCUGGAGCUCUUCUGUAUAUUAGAGAUGACUUCAAGUUGGAUAAGAAAACUGUCUUACAGGAAACCAUAGUAAGCAUGGCAAUUGCGGGAGCAAUCAUUGGUGCUGCCAUUGGCGGGUGGUUUAAUGACCGGUUUGGAAGAAGAACAACAAUCCUAAUUGCUGAUUUUCUCUUCUUUAUUGGAGCUGUGAUCAUGGCUGCGGCACCAAACCCAGCUCUUCUCAUCGUUGGACGAGUUUUCGUAGGAUUUGGUGUUGGAAUGGCGUCAAUGACAUCCCCUCUCUACAUAUCAGAAGCUUCUCCUGCAAAAGUCAGAGGUGCCCUUGUCAGUACCAAUGGCUUCUUGAUCACUGGAGGCCAGUUCUUGUCUUACCUUAUCAACUUAGCCUUUACCAAGGUGCCGGGGACAUGGCGGUGGAUGCUUGGAGUUGCUGGACUUCCAGCUCUGUUGCAGUUCAUAUUGAUGCUGCUACUUCCCGAAUCACCACGUUGGCUUUACCGCAAGGGGAGAGAAGAAGAAGCCAAAACUAUACUAAGGAAGCUAUACCCAGAAGAAGAUGUGGAAGCAGAGAUUCAAGCCCUUAAAGAGUCAGUGGAAGCAGAAAUUCAGGAAAAGGGGUCUUCUGAGAAGAUUAGCCUUGUCAGACUGUUGAAAACAAAAACAGUAAGAAGAGGACUCAUAGCCGGUGUUGGGCUUCAAGUCUUCCAGCAGUUUGUGGGCAUAAACACAGUUAUGUAUUACAGCCCCACAAUAGUACAGUUGGCCGGUUUUGCAUCUAACCAAACUGCUCUACUUCUUUCACUAGUCACCGCGGGGCUCAAUGCUGGUGGCACAAUAGUCAGCAUAUAUUUCAUUGAUCGGACUGGAAGAAAGAAGCUUCUAGUCAUCAGUUUGUGCGGUGUUAUUAUAUCACUUGGCCUUUUAUCAGCAGUGUUUCAUGAGACUACAACACACUCACCGGCUGUUAGUGCUGCUGAAUCAUCGAACCGUCAUUUUACUGCAUAUACUUGCCCAGAUUACACUUCUGCUGGAACUUCUGCUGCCAACUGGAACUGUAUGAAGUGCUUGAAGGCCUCAUCUCCAGAUUGUGGUUUCUGUUCUUCAUCCACUGAUAAGCUGCUUCCCGGGUCUUGCCUGAUCUCAAACGACACAGUGAAGGACAUGUGUAAUGGAGACAGGUUAUGGUACACAAGGGGAUGUCCGAGCAAAUACGGAUGGCUUGCACUUAUUGGCUUGGCACUCUACAUCAUAUUCUUCUCUCCCGGAAUGGGUACAGUACCAUGGAUUGUGAAUUCUGAGAUAUACCCUUUAAGGUUUCGAGGAGUCUGUGGGGGCAUAGCUGCCACGGCAAAUUGGAUAUCAAACCUCAUUGUGUCUGAGUCCUUCCUGACUUUGACACAAGUGAUUGGGACUUCUUGGACAUUCCUAAUAUUCGGGGUCUUAUCAGUUGUUGCCCUUUUCUUUGUCCUAAUUUGUGUCCCGGAAACAAAAGGCCUUCCAAUCGAGGAGAUUGAGAAAAUGUUGGAGAUGAGAGCUCUGCAUUUCAAGUUCUGGGAGAAGCCUAACCCACCCCAGAAGAGUCAAAGUGUGUGAACAAAACAAGUCUAGGAGUAUAUAUUUAUUUGGGUGCUUUGAAUAGGAAGCCUGAUAAUAGGCAGAUAUAAUUACUAUUAUUAUGUAUCUAAUAAUGCUGAUGUAAGUAGCUCAACUUCGAUUCGUGUGCAACGUACCUUUAAAAAUUUGAAACUUAUGCGGGUGUAAACAAUAUAGCAAAGGGACUCUUGAACUAGAACAGAGUUGGAUUUGUUAAAGGUUUCCACAUACAGUUCCUUGUAUGAUUUUACU